UCCUGCCGCCUGGAGAUGGCGGCCCCGGGCGCGGCGCCGCCGCCGCCGCCGCUGCUGCUGCUCCUGGGCCUCGCCGCCGCCCUGUGCCCGCCGCGGGCCGCCCAGCCCCCGCCCCCGCCCGCCGUCUUCCAGCCAGGCCACGGCGCCGCCUCGCUGCCCGGCGCCGCCCCCGCGGCCCGCAGACGGUAUCUUCUGUAUGAUGUGAAUCCUCCCGAAGGGUUCAAUCUACGCCGGGAUGUCUACAUUCGCAUUGCUUCGCUUCUGAAGACCUUGUUGAAAAGAGAAGCUUGGGUCCUGGUCCUGCCUCCUUGGGGACGUCUUUAUCACUGGCAGAGUCCUGAUAUUCAUCAGGUCCGAAUCCCUUGGUCUGAGUUUUUUGAUCUUCCAAGCCUCGACAAAAACAUCCCUGUCAUUGAAUAUGAGCAGUUCCUUGCAGAGUCAGGCGGACCUUUUAUUGAACAGGUAUAUGUUCUACAAGGCUAUGCAGAAGGAUGGAAAGAAGGAACUUGGGAGGAGAAAAUAGAUGAGAGGCCAUGCAUUGAUCAGCUCAUGUACUCAAAAGACAAACAUGACUACUACAGGGGCUGGUUUUGGGGUUAUGAGGAAACACGGGGCCUCAAUGUCUCGUGUCUCUCUGUCCAAGGAUCAGCCUCAAUCAUAGCUCCUACUCUUUUGAAAAAUACUUCUGCACGGUCAGUGAUGUUAGACAGAGCUGAAAACCUUCUUCAUGACCACUAUGGAGGAAGAGAUUAUUGGAAUACCCGUCGAAGUAUGGUGUUUGCUAAACACCUACGUGUGGUGGGGGAUGAGUUCAGAAACAAAUACCUUGAUUCCACUGAUGAGGCAGACAAGACACAUUACAAUGAGGACUGGGCACAGAUGAAGGUACAGUUGGGCACUGCUCUAGGAGGAUCAUACCUUGGGGUACAUCUCAGAAGAAAAGAUUUCAUCUGGGGUCACAGAGAAGAUGUGCCAACCCUACAUGGAGCAGUGAAGAAGAUCCACAGUCUUAUGGAGAUAUAUAAACUUAAGAAAGUGUUUGUAGCCACUGAUGCUAUUGAGGAGGAGUCUGAAGAACUCAAGAAGCUACUGCCUGAGAUGGUGAGGUUUGAACCCACUUGGGAAGAGUUAGAGCUCUACAAAGAUGGAGGAGUAGCAAUUAUUGACCAAUGGAUCUGCGCUCAUGCUAGGUAUUUUAUAGGCACUUCAGUUUCAACAUUUUCAUUCCGGAUUCAUGAGGAAAGGGAGAUUCUGCGAUUUGACCCCAAAACAACUUAUAACAGGUUUUGUGGUGAGAAAGAAAAGAACUGUGAACAACCAACCCACUGGAAAAUUGUAUAUUAACAGACAAAUCCAAAGGACUAUAAGUGGUCAGUACACCAAACCAAGGAAAUGUUUAUGGAAAAUGCAUUCUUUUGAGGAAAUUAAUCUUUUUUUUUCCUUCCUACUGUGUAAUUGGAGGUUGGGUUUUAAGCACAAGUGGAUAGCAAUAUCAUAUUCAUUUUCUUAACCAAACAUUGAUGUCACUGGCCAAAAUGCUGCAGCCCAAGAUUCAGUUCUUGCUACAGCUGAUAUAGAAGGUCAGUACAAUCACUUCUUAAGUCUAAAUUUAACUUUUAUGAGAGAGAGCAUUAUUUGUGAUGCAGACAAAAUGUUUCCAUUCAAAAUUUUAUUCUGAAUAAUGACUUAACAAAAAGUCCCAUAAUUAUAGUAUGUCUACGAUCUGUACCAUGUGCCUUUCUUUAAGAUACUUGUGCUCAGCUGGUUAUCAGCUUUGUAUUUGAUGCCUUGUAUCCUCUGUUUACAAGAAGGAUGGUUAGGCUUUGUAACCUGCACUUUGGGAGAGCUGCAGACUGUGCACAGAAUCUGCAGUUCCAUGGGGAAAUCUUUCUUGUUUCAAAUGGUGACUUGGAACAUUUCAGACUGGUCAAACAAUACAAUUAUUAUUCAUUGAAGUGAAAGCUUAGGUGGCAUUUUUACACAAACACAGACCAUUUUCACAGCUGGUGAUUCUAAUAGCAGUCUCAGCAAAGAGGUCAGUAAGUCAGGUAGAAGAAUAGAAAGACUGAAUUACUUGAGCAAGCCCAAAGCUGGGUUAUAUUAAGUAGAGUUAUGAAUGGAGAUUUGCACUGCCUGUUAUAGUUUUUCUCUGAAUAGGAUACUUUGCUUGAUGGAGCUGUCAUUCACUACAUUUCUGCCUCAUUAAAUUCACUCAGAAUGAGGCAACCAUAAAUAGCAUUUGGGGAUAUCUUGCCACCCAGUUAAAUAAACCUACCUAUGGCAGGUAAGACUCUUGGCACAUUUUCAAAGGCCUUUCAAGAGUUUUCAGUUUCAUAGAAAUGAAGUAUCCCAGUUUCUCAAUUAGUUUAUCCAAACCAGUCAUUUUCUGUCUUUGCAGUGUUUUGGUUACUGUCUGGCUCAUUGUGCUGUGCGUCUGUUAAGAUACUUGCCAUGUCAGUGUGAAUAUCAGCUGUUGUGCCAUGGCAAGACAUGCAGCACCUCAUUGGAGUCCUGGAGUAACUCACAAAUCUGUCACUCUCAAUACAGCCAGUGUAGUAACCUACCCUUAAAAAAAAUGCCAGUUAAACUUUGUAUACUCCUUUACCUUGCUACCAUUGUUUAGCAUCUUCCCAAAAUGACUGUAUACUUAUGACUGUUUACUAAUAUAGGGCCACACUAUAUAAAAAGCAUUCUCCGUGGUUCAGUGGUAGAAUCCUUGUCUACACAUGGGAGACCUUAUACAACUACAGCCAUGGAGGCACCAAACAUCUGGACUCAGUCUGGUCUUUGGAUUUUGUCUCAGUGGCCUAAAGGGAUGAUGGAAGGUCUGGGCAGCUUCCACUCCUCCAAAAAUUUCUGCCCAGACAUAUACAUCAAAGGUCUGGGUGGCCCUCAUGCAUACACCGUGAUCCAGGAGGAUCAAUGGUUGCCAUAUAAAAAGCAAAACAAUUUGUGGAAAACAAAUGCUUUUCUAGGAGAUUGGAUUGUCUCGACUGACAGUCAUAGCCAACCUUAUAAGUCAGUUGUCCUUUGAUUCUUGGGAGUCCCUUUUAGAUUUACAUGUGAAAUGAUCAGCCAAGGAAAGUGGCAAAUUCAGAGUGACAAAAACAUGCUGUUUUGGUUUUGUUAGCCUGAAGUAAGUCCAAGAUGGUUGUACUCAUUUAGGCUUAAGGGAUAUUUAACAAUAUCAAAGAGGGUGUAGAGUAAAGUGUCCUUGCUUGCUAAUAUUCUCCUACACUCUCAGCCUAACCCCAAUAGAAGGCUUCUACAGGGUAUUACCUUUUUCCUGGAGGAAGGUACAACAGAAUUAUGACCAGCCAUUGUGAAGGUCAUUGUACCUCCUCACUUUUUUCCUUUAUUUUGAUUAACUGUCACAAAUGAGCCUUUGGCAGCUUCAGAUAAGUGUCAAAUUUGCAGCUAACCCUUCUCUGUGGAACUGAAACGUCAACAUGGCUGAGGGCUGAUGGGAACAGGGCAGUGGGUGCGUCUCUUCUGCCAACCAUUGUAGCAGUGGUACUGUUAGCUCACUGCACAGUGGACAAAACAGAACACGCAGGUUUCAUUUGCACAGGGUUGGCUGUGCAUGCAUCAGGCUGAUUUGUGCGUUGUGCUUCUACUCGAGUUCCUGGUUUUGUAAACUCUGACUAUAUAAUAAACGAUUUUUAAGGUGGGGGGGAUAAGUAAUGGAAAAGUUCAGUUUUUCUUCUAAAUUUAAACAGGCACCCUGAAGUUAGUGGGUCCUUUCCUGUGUUCCCAAGUGUACCUUCUAGCAUUCUUCUUAGCUCUUUCUCUCAUUUAACUUCCAACUGCCUUGGACACUACAGUAAAUUCUUCCUGCACUCUCCAUUAAAAUCUUUUUGCAUAUUCCCAUACUACAAGCUAAGCUGGCCCUUGUGUAGCAAAACUUGUGCAGGUCUCCAAUAAAGUGAAUAAUUUAAGAUAUUGUGUUCUUACCAGCUAUUUAUUUGUAUCCCUAUUCCGUAAGUGUCUUUCCACUGACCAAGGGGAGAUUGUGGGAGCCCAGCAUUCCAAAGUAGUGCCUUUUCCCAAAAAGUCAGACAGUGUUGUUGUUUAGCGUAUGUGGAGUGUAAAGUGAUGUUGGCAUUUUAAAUUUAACUGUAUACCUCAGUUUCUUUUGAAAAUAAAAUGCUUUUUAAUAUUUUA